UAUUUCAAUCUGCGAUUCAAGAAAAAAUUUUUCAGGACGUUGCCCUUCCCGCAAGUAAACAACAGACCAUUCUAGUGCCAUCUACCUCUCCUGCAAAACUCGGAAGCUCUGCAAACAUGCUUAAAGUGAGUGUGAAAUGGCAAAAGGAGCUCUUCCCAGCUGUAGAAAUUGACACAAGCCAGCCCCCUUUUGUUUUUAAAUGUCAAUUGUAUGAUUUAACAGGGGUUCCCCCAGAAAGGCAGAAGAUUAUGGUUAAAGGUGGUUUGCUGAAGGAUGAUGCAGAUUGGUCCACGUUGGGAGUGAAAAAUGGUCAAAAAUUGAUGAUGAUGGGAACUGCAGAUGAAAUUGUGAAAGCCCCAGAGAAGGGCCCUGUUUUUGUAGAGGACCUUCCUGAAGAAGAACAAGUGGUUGCUGUGGGUCACACCGCUGGUCUAUUUAAUUUGGGGAAUACCUGCUAUAUGAACUCCACUCUACAGUGCUUGCAUUCAGUUCCAGAGUUGAAGUCAGCCUUACUUAAAUAUCCUCAUUCUGGAAGAAGUAAUGAUUUGGAUCAGUCUUCACAUCUCCUUACCAUGGCAACACGAGAUCUAUUCGGUGAACUUGAUCGAAAUGUCAAACCUGUGGCCCCAAUGCAAUUUUGGAUGGUUUUACGUAAAAAGUAUCCUCAGUUUGGCCAGCUGCAUAAUGGUGCCUUCAUGCAACAGGAUGCAGAAGAAUGCUGGACCCAACUUAUGUACACACUUUCUCAAUCUCUUAGGCAAACAGAUUCCAGUGGAACCCCUGAGACUGUGAAGGAGCUUUUUGGGAUUGAUCUAGUCAGCAGGGUGCAUUGUGCAGAAAGUGGUGAAGAGAGCUCAGAGAUUGAAUCUGUAUAUUCGCUUAAAUGUCACAUUUCGCAGGAGGUCAACCAUUUACAUGAGGGUCUAAAGCAUGGUCUGAAAUCAGAACUGGAGAAGGUUUCUCCUUCUUUGGGGCGUAGUGCCAUUUAUUUAAAGGAGUCGCGUAUCAACAACCUACCAAGGUACUUGACUGUUCAAUUUGUUCGUUUUUUCUGGAAGCGGGAGUCAAAUCAGAAGGCAAAGAUUUUGCGGAAAGUGGAUUACCCAUUGGAGUUGGAUGUUUAUGAUUUGUGUUCCGAUGAGCUUCGCAAAAAAUUGGAAACUCCUCGCCAGAUUUUGAGAGAUGAAGAAGGUAAGAAGCUGGGGUUGAAAACCAGUGACAAGAACACUGAUUCGAAGGAUAAUGAUGUGAAGAUGCUUGAUGCAGAGGGCUCAUCAAAUGGUAGCAGAGAUCAAUCUGGUGAAGGUUCUUCAUCUGAGAAACAGGUACACUUGACUGGAAUCUUUGACUUGGUUGCUGUGCUGACCCACAAGGGAAGGAGUGCUGAUUCAGGGCACUAUGUUGGUUGGGUCAAACAAGAAAGCGGAAAAUGGAUCCAAUAUGAUGAUGAUAAUCCAAUCCCGCAAAGGGAGGAAGACAUCACGAAGCUAUCUGGAGGAGGUGACUGGCACAUGGCAUAUAUUUGUAUGUACAAGGCUCGCGUUGUCUCCAUCUGAGUGCUUUUAAAAUUAAUUUGGAUUAAUUCAUGUAGGGGCAUUGUCAUUUAUUUGAUCAGUAACUGUGGAAUAGGUGUGUGGAUUAGAGAGAUACGCCCCUUAUAGGCCUGUACUUGUUCAGUUGGGUGAAAACCCCCAUUCUGUGUUUAAACCUCUGUUGAGCACUCGCUUUAAGAGUUAAAAAGUUUAGAGAUCUUAAACAACACUUGUCAACAAACCGUAAGAAUGGCAAAACAACGAGAUUUGUAUUUUAGCA